AUGUCUGAUCCAAAUCUCAUGGAAGUCGACUCUUCCACAUCUGUCCGAGGAGGAGAAGGAGAAGCGGCCGCAUCAGGUGUCAACAUUAUCACCAACGAGAAACCUCAGUCUCAAGAUCAAGCUAUGGAAAUCGACUCUCUAUCUCAACCUGAUGCUGCUGGCCCGUCAAGUGAAGCAGCUGGAGCAGUGUUCGUCGAGCAGACCACUACCACUACAAGUAUCGAAACUACCAUCUCGACUGAAGGCGACUCUGGUCAUUCUCUUCCUCUUCCACUUCCUCAAACUAUCGCUUCAGCGGCAUUGAUCAACGAUGAACUCUCUAUUCCUACAGCUGGACCAUCUCAUACACACCUUCCUCCCACCACCGGUGCCCCUUACGACCUCUUUCCCCAAUCUACGUCAAACUUACAAAUCAUCGAACGACCGAAAAUCUACAGAACAGGAUAUAUCUACAAUCCCAUGAUGAUGUUACAUUGUCAAGAGGGGUAUAUACCUACAGCAGAAAGUGUGGUGGAUAACGGACCGGGACAUCCAGAGGAACCUAUGAGAAUCAAGAGGAUAUUUUCUAGAUUGGCUGAACAGGGUCUGAUCAAACGGAUGAAAAGGUUAGAAUUCGGUGAAGUCACGAUGGAUCAGGUCAUGUUGGUUCAUGGUGAAGAUUUAUGGUUGAAAGUACAAGGUACCGAGGAUCUUACGGAUGAGUAUAUUCAAGGAUCCAAACAAUACUAUGAACAACUUUCUCUAUACGUCUGUAGGGAAACUGCUCAUUGCGCGAGGUUAUCAUGCGGUGGUGUUAUACAAGCUUGUAUUUCGGUAUGCCAGAAACAAGUCAGAAACGCCUUUGCGAUAGUCAGGCCACCAGGACAUCAUGCUGAACCGGACGAACAUAUGGGUUUCUGCUUUUUCAACAAUGUCGCUGUAGCUACGAAAGAGGUACAGAGGAGAGGUCUGGCGAAGAAAGUUUUGAUUCUAGAUUGGGACGUGCAUCAUGGGAAUGGAACCCAACGAGCAUUCUGGGAUGAUCCCGACGUUCUUUAUAUCUCUUUACAUCGACAUGACGGAGGAAGGUUCUACCCUACGAGUGAUUUCGGCGCUUUAGAUAUGGUUGGAACUGGUGCUGGAGAAGGAAAAUCCGUCAAUAUACCUUGGCCUGGACCUGGUUUCGGUGAUGCAGAUUACAUAUACGCUUUCCAACGUAUAGUGAUGCCUAUAGCUUAUGAGUUUGCUCCUGAUCUUGUCAUCAUCUCCGCUGGGUUCGACGCGGCCGAUGGAGAUCGUCUGGGUGAAUGUCACGUUACACCAGCAGCUUAUGGACACAUGACACAUAUGCUCAGUGCCCUGGCCGGAGGAAAACUUGUAGUAGCGCUGGAAGGAGGUUAUAAUCUUAAAGCUAUUUCCGAUUCCGCAUUAGCAGUAGCGCAGGUACUACUCGGUGAAACACCUGCAGAGCUUGAUGCUCACCAAGCGUCCGAGGUGGCUACAGAGGUGAUAUACCAAUGCGCCAAGGUACAGUCGAAAUACUGGAAAAGUAUAGAUGUGAAGGCUUGUGAGCCACCAGAGGUUACUGCACUUGAAGACGGAUCAUUACCUAUCACGAGUAUCCCCGAUUUACUCAAAUUGCAUCGAGCAUGGCACAUGUACGAGAAACAUCAACUGUUCCAGAUACCUCUAGCUAGUGAAGAGCUGGAAGCGUCCUUUGGUGGUCAAGUCCUCUGCAGUGAAAACGUGUAUGAGAUGGGACCUAGGGGUGUCCUGGUAAUUUUCGUGCAUGACUUUGGUAAUUUGCGUGUGGAGACCGAUGGUGUAUCGACGACGAACGUGCACAUGGCUAAUAGUUAUUUAAUCAACACAAGCGAUGCAAUUGUGGACUGGGUGAAGAAAGAAGGAUACAAUCUGAUCGAUGUGAAUGUGUUAAAGCAGUUACCUACACAUUUCGCUCCCGAUCUACCGAAGAUGGUUAGCAAGAGUGGUACACCGUUGGAAGCGCAGUUGAUACGGUAUAUAUGGGAUAACUAUAUUGAAUUAUCGGAAGCGGAGAAUAUCGUUCUGAUCGGACAUGGAACGGGUUGUAAGACAAUUAUGGACUUAGUAAAUCAACGAGAAGUGGAACAGAAGGUGAAAGCUGUAAUCCAAGUGGCGGGAUUACAUUCUUUGGUCAGACCUGAUCCGAAUGAUGAGGUGAAAAGAUCAUGGUUUAGAAAGUCAAACAGAAUAUACGUUCCUGCUGAACACCCGGUAUUAGAAGACGAAAGAAUUCAAAAGAGAUUAGGAGGACAAGUUCAUAAGUCUGAUAAAGCUACGAAAGUGGUUGAUGUGCUUGUGGAGGUAUUACCAAAUAUCAAAGAGUUCGUUUCUUCCAAAUUACCCGAAAUCGAGAGACCUGCACCUCUACUUAAUGGGAAUGGGAACGUUGAUGGCAAUGCCGAUGGGAGUGGAGAUGAGCAAGUGAGGAUGGAAGUAGAUGUGGAAGUGCAGGAUCAUGUCAAUGGACAUGAUGGACAUGAUGGGAGUCAGAAUGUAAAUGGCAGUGGGGAUGUCAAUGGAGGUGAACCAUCAUCGGUUAUACCUCCUGUAACUGCACAGUAA